GUUGCUUUUGUUUUUGUUACAAAAUCACUUAUGAUUUUUGUGUUGUUUUAACAAAAAAUGUUAAAAUCUUAAACAGUAAAGAUAAUCCACACAAUUUACCAUGAGCUCGCCACUGGAACAGCAAACGGAAGAACGGGAGGCAUUGCAGUCAAUAUACGAGGGCGACACGAACUUCAAGGAAAUAGAUAGCGUCACAUUUCAGUACAAAUAUGGCGAAGAGGAUAACUACAAGUCGUUUUUGGUCGAGCUCAAGUGGGGCGAAAAUUACCCGGAUGAGGCGCCAGCGAUCAACAUGAACGCGUUUUACAAUAGGAAUCUACUGCCAGCUGUCAAGGAAGGGAUCCAAACGGCUCUGAGUACGGAAGCGGACCAAUGGCUGGGCUGUGGUAUGACAUAUACCCUGUUCGAAUGCCUUAAGGACAACCUGGAGCAACUAACCGCAGAGCAACCCGAAUCCGCUCCCACGGUAGCGUUAGUGGAUGAUGGCGUGGGUGCUCUAAAGAUCUCCGAUCCCAAUGCCGAUGCGGAGUCCAAGAAGAAGGAGCCCAAAAAAGAGCACUUGACUAAGGCGCAAAAGCGCCGGCAGUGGGAGAGAACCGAUCACAAAGGAGACCGGGAACGUGGCUGGGAUUGGGUGGACCUCGUCAAGCAUUUAUCGCAGACGGGUGGCAAAAACGAUGACGCUCUCACUGCCGCCGAAAUCGCAGCGUCCAACGCUCCAGCUCUCCAUCCCCUGAACAACUAAAAUGCCUACCAACUAAAAAUAGGAGUAAAAACAGCGAGGAAACCUCAAAUUGAAAUCAAAAGCCAAUACCGUUUUAAUGUGAUAGAAUAAAUGCGAGUGACUGCAUGCGCGGCUAUCAUAAAAUCUA